CUCUGAGGAUCAUCACAGUCGGUCAUGGGUCGUCCUGGGAUUCAGACGUGGACAUGGGCACUGUGUGCCUUCUGGAUGUGUGUGAGCCGAGCACUGGCUGGGCCGCAGUACAUGGUGACGUUUCCUGCAGUCCUUGAAGCUGGAGUUCAGACCAAACUGUGUGCAAGUCUCACCUACCCCAACGAGACUCUGCUCAUGACCGUCACUUUGAUAUCGGAACGCGAGAAGACAACUCUUUUCCAGCGGAAAUCCAGUAUUCCCUUUUAUCAGUGCUCUCUGUUUACGCCUCAAGCAGAGCUCAAGGAGGAAGUGCAGCAUGUGGAGGUAAAGGUACAAGGCACAUUUCACUCAAGAGUGGUCAAGAACGUCACGAUCAAAACCUAUGACCCAAUGACAUUUGUCCAAACGGAUAAACCAAUCUACCUUCCAGGACAAACAGUGCAUUUCAGAGUGGUCACACUGAACACCACGUUGCAAAGUGUUGAUCAGCUGUAUGACUUCAUUGAGAUCAAGAAUCCUAACAACAUCAGGAUUGGACAGUGGCUGAAUGAAUCAGGUCAAAUAGUGCAGCUUUCUUACUCAUUGAUCUCUGAGGCCCCAGAGGGAUCCUACCAAGUCAUUGUGUCCAUUGGUGAAGAUAAAAUACGUCACACCUUCAAAGUAGAGAAGUAUGUUUUGCCUAAAUUUGACGUAACACUGAAUGUAAAUGAGGAAGUAAGUAUUGGGGACCAAGAAAUUCAUGCUACAGCAUGUGCAAAUUACACGUAUCGACAGCCGGUACCAGGAAAUGUUACAGUUGAGAUGUGCCGACCUCUUAAUCUUGAUUUUGCUGGUUUUCAUUUUGGGGAUGAAAAAUUAACUCCCCUCUGCUACAAUGAGACAAAGCAGGCAGACAACAACGGCUGUGCCACUUUUGCAUUUGCGAUGUCAAAUUUCACCAAAUUUCCCACAAAGGCAUUACAAGAUGUGCUUGAUGUCACUGCUGAAGUGGAAGAGGAGGGGACAGGUAUUUCACGCCUUCAAAAGGCCACAACAAACAUUUCAUAUGUUAUUGGAAGGCUGUCUUUCUUUGACACGCCCAAGAUUUUUGAGCCAGGAGCAGAUGUGGAAGGAAAAGUUAAAGCAGUUUACUUCAAUAAUACACCCAUUCCUGACAUGCCGGUGUAUCUGUUUGAGGGUGAAACGUGGUCAUCACGACGACUGCAGAAUCUCACCACUGACAGCAGUGGUGUUGCCAGAUUCUCAUUUGAGGGCUUUCAGGGAUUAAUUCAUCUCAUUAUAAGCAGCUCACCAACACUGGAGCCCCCCCGACAGAAAACUCCUUUCUAUGAGUCUGGAUCUCACACACUGUUUGUGUUACAACCUUCACCUCCUGACGUAAGCGUCAGCUUCCUGAAGGUGAAGAAUAACAAUAAAACACUUGCCUGUGAUGCAGAGGUGGACUUCACCAUCCAGUAUGUUAUAGUGGGAGAAAGCCAGGACACUGUGGAUGUCAUCCAUCUGGUCUUGUCCAGAGGAGCCAUUGUCGAUCAAGGACACAGACAGGUUCAAUUGAAACCUACACGAGUGACUGAGGGUAAGGUGUCCUUUAAGUUGCUGGUGUCUCCAGAGAUGGCUCCAGAGGUCCAGAUUGUGGCUUUUAUUGUCCUCCCCAGUGACAAAGUGAUCGCCAACAGUGCUAACUUCUCCACUGAGAAAUGCUUCAGCAACAAGGUGUCGCUGGAGUCUUCACCGUCCUCAGCUGUCCCAGGAGAGGACAUCAACAUGCAGUUGACGGCAAACCCAAACUCUCUGUGUGGUGUUAGCAUCAUUGAUCAGAGUGUCCUCAUCAAAGAGCCAGGGAAGACUCUUACUCCAGAUGUGAUCUUUGACUUGUUGCCUGUCAUGAAUGUAACCAAUGUCACAGAAUGCCUGCCUGUGAGACAAAAAAGAUCCAUUUUGUCUCAUCCUGAUCAGUACAUGCACGAUGCGUACACAGUUUUCAAGAAUGUAGGACUGGAGAUGGCAACAAACCUGCUCAUUGAAGUACCUUCAUGCCUCCUGUACAGUGGAAGAAAAUAUUAUCGUAUCCCUCAUGUGGUCAGGACGGACACAAUGCAUGUAGAGAUGUUUCCUGUCUUAUUAGCAGCUCCUACUUCUCCUGAUGCUGCACCAGGUCGCAGCUUCUUUCCUGAGACUUGGAUUUGGGACCUAGUGGAAGUUGGAUCAUCUGGAACGAAGAACGUGUCUCUCACUGCCCCAGACACCAUCACCACCUGGGAGACAGAGACUUUCUGUUUGUCUCCUGAAUUUGGUUUGGCUCCUCGUAAACAAAUCACUGUCUUCCAGCCCUUCUUCCUGGACUUUACGCUGCCCUACUCCAUCAUCCAGGGGGAGCACUUUGAACUGAAGGCAACCGUCUUCAACUACCUGUCAAGCUGCAUUGUGGUCAAAGUACAUCCAAAACUCUCCACAGAGUACACCCUCAACCUUGUCCCUGGUGUUAACUACACUGUCUGUUUGUGUGGCAAUGAGCGCAAGACCUUGCCCUAUAUCAUGACCCCCAUAACCAUAGGGGUUGUGAAUGUGACUGUGUCUGCUGGAGCCGUGAGAUCUGUUGUUUCUUGUAACAAUGAGAUUGUGAGCGUCCCAGACAGAGGUCACAUCGACACGGUUACUAGAUCUGUCAUAUUCAAGGCUGAGGGAGUUGAGAUGACCAAGACAGUUAGCUCCUGGCACUGCCCCAACGGAAGCACUAUCAUGCAGGAAAUAGAUCCACAUCUCCCUGAAAAUGUAAUUGAAGGAUCUGCCCGCGCUUUAGUAACAGUCUCAGGUGACAUCCUCGGACAGGCCCUGCAGCACCUAGAUGGUCUUCUGAGGAUGCCUUAUGGAUGUGGAGAGCAGAACAUGGUGCUCCUGGCCCCCAAUAUCUACAUCCUUCAGUACCUAGAAAACACAAAGCAGCUGACUCCAGCCAUCAGAGAGAAGGCUUCCAACUUCAUGAUCAGUGGCUACCAGAGACAGCUAAACUACAAACAUCAUGAUGGUGCAUACAGCACAUUUGGUGCAGGAACAAGAAACACUUGGCUGACUGCUUUUGUGUUGAGAUCUUUUGCCAAAGCAAAAUCAUUCAUCUACAUCGAUCCCACAACCAUUGAACAGACCAGGAAGUGGCUGGAAUCGAAGCAACAAGAAAAUGGUUGUUUUGAAAUGUCAGGAAAACUUUUCAACAACAGAAUGAAGGGCAGUGUGUCUGAUGAGGUGACUCUCAGUGCGUACAUCACUGCUGCCUUCUUGGAAACGAAUGUGUCUGCAAAGAAUCCUGUGGUGGAGAAGAGCCUGUCGUGCCUCAAGGAGUCCAUCAGUAAUUUGAGCAACACCUACACCACAGCUCUGAUGGCGUAUGUCUUCACCCUGGCAGGAGACAUGGAGACCCGUGGUCUCCUUCUGGCUCACCUUGACAAAGUUGCAAUCAAACAAGGGGGUUUCUUGCAUUGGUCUCAGAGAGCAGCAGAAACAUCAGCCUCUCUGUCUGUGGAGAUCAGCUCCUAUGUGCUGAUGGCCACACUCAGCGCCUCCCCGACUAAUGAAGAUCUGGGCUACGCCUCGGGCAUCGUGAGGUGGUUGACGACGCAGCAGAACUAUUAUGGAGGCUUCUCCUCCACACAGGACACGGUGGUGGCUCUUCAGGCUCUGGCUCUCUACGCCACUCUGGUGUUCAGUCCUCAUGGUUCAAGCGCAGUGAAAGUCCAGUCUCCCAGUGAACAGCUGAUGUUUAAUGUGACUCAGGACAACAGACUGCUCCACCAGGAGAGUGUCCUACAGGACAUGACAGGAAAUUUCAACCUGGAGGUGCAGGGCACUGCAUGUGUUUCAGUGCAGAUUUCUUUUCUCUACAAUGUCCCACCUCCUCCUCAGUCCAGUGAUUUCAGUGUGGAGGCUACCACAGAGGUCAACUCCACUGGGGUCAGACCCAAGUUGAUUCUGAAGCUCAAGGUCCAAUACAAUGGAAAGGAAAGCAGUACAAACAUGGUGAUCCUGGAUAUCCAAGUACUCUCUGGAUUUGUCCCAGAAUCAGAGUCUUUGAGGAAGCUCAAAGGUGCCGUACUGGUGGACCAUGUUGAACAAAAGGAUGGUGGCGUUCAGGUGUACAUUAGAGAGUUACCACAGAACACAACCAUCUUCUACACCUUGGAGCUCAUAGAGGACAUUCCGGGGCAGAACCUGAAGCCUGCUGUGGUCAAGAUCUAUGACUACUACGAGCCAAGUGACCAUGCUGAGAUAGAAUAUACCUAUCAUUAAAAGCUUGAGGAGAGAUGCGGGAUCAGUCCUGAGGUCAUCACUGAAUCCAGUACGAUGUUAAAACCAGCAUUUCAUUAAAGAUCCCAUUUCCCUACAUUGCAUGUCUCAUUAACAUAUACAAACAGUGUAACAUAAUUGGCUGUUAGUAUUCUGUCACAAACCCCACACAGCUGUGUAACUGCUGUUGGUGUUCAACAUGAAUUUCAAGCAUCAAGAAAAGACAAAAAAUAAAUAAAUAAAUAAAUAAACAAAAUGAUGUGA